AUGCCUUCCGAUGCGGCACAUGACCCUUUUGAGCGUGAAGAUGCCCCGUUCUUGCAGUCCUCUGAGGGUGACAACUCCCCGAUCUCGCCCCUCGACGAACCGAAACACCAUAAUUCGGAAGAGAGGGAUCCAGCAUCGCAGAAGCUCCGGCUGCGGUUACUCCUUACCCUCUUCGCCGUCGUGCUCGCCGUGGAAAUGGGUCUGAACAUGGCCGACAGCCCUAUGGUCCGGAUCUACGAGUCGAUUACCUGUCGCCAUUAUUAUGCCCAGCAUGAUUCGUCGCAGAUUGGUGCGGAUGGCCAGGUUGAGGAGGAGCUGUGUAAGGUGAAGGACGUGCAGACUGAGCUGGCGGCUGUGAAAGGGUACAUGGAGUUCUUUGAUGGGUUGUUGAGCGUCUUCCUUGCAAUUCCUUACGGCCUGCUCGCGGAUAGGUACGGACGAAGGUGGGCCAUCUGCCUCAGUGUCCCCGGCUUUGUCCUGAACUCCGCCAUCAUCACUCUUGUGAUGUGGUUCUCUGAUAUAUUCCCUUUGCGCGCGGUAUGGCUGUCAUCUCUGGCGUGGUUGUGCGGUGGUGGUCCUGUCGUUGCGUUCGCGAUUAUUUGGACGAUGAUGUCGGAUGUGACGACGGAAGAUGAGCGAGCUUCGAUUUUCUUCAAAUUCGCGAUCGUCACCAUGGGUGGUGAACUCAUAUCCAACGCGCUUGGUUCGUGGCUAAUGGCCAUGAAUCCUUGGAUUCCCAUGUUACUCGGUUUCACUCUGGCCUUUGUAGGCAUGCUCUUCGUAUUAACGCUCCCGGAGACCAUGCCUGUAUCGCCUUCAAAGGCCAAUCAGCCGGAAAUGACGGCUGUGGAAAUGGGACAUUUGAAUGGUAGCCGCAGGGAGCCAUACAAGGACGACAGCGAAGAUGAGCACGCGUUCACAGAGAAGACCAGGACUACGUCCAGCAGCCGAUCUCUCUUCUUCACUCUCUAUACGAGAUGUCGAAACUACUUCGCACCUUAUGCCUUCAUAUUCCGCAACAAGCAGAUCCUUCUUCUUCUCGCAGCAUUCCUGGUCUACCGCCUCAGUCGAGGCUCAUCAUGGUUCCUUGUCCAGUAUAUUUCCACCCGAUACUCCUGGUCCUUGGCAGAGGCCAACUUCCUCAUGUCCCUCCGGCCUUGUCUCACCAUUCCACUUUUCCUCUUCAUCCUCCCUGGAAUCUCCAAAUAUGCCCUCCGAAAUUUCCGCACCUCUCAGAAGAAUCUCUAUCUCGCCCGUGCCAGCGUUUUCACUCUGUCCGUAGGCACAUUAGGCGUUGGUAUCUCCCCAAACGUCACCUCAUUCAUCCUAAGCAUGACCGUCCAGGCCUCUGGAGCGGGAUUCCUCUUCCUGACACGGGCACUACUCACAGUGCUAGUGAGACGAGAAGAAACCGCACGGUUAUUUACAAUCAUGGAGCUGCUACAGUCCGUGGGCAACGUGAUUGCCAGUUUAUCUAUCACAAAAGUCUUUCAAAUUGGCUUGGAGUUGGGUGGUCCUUGGAUUGGGCUUGCUUGGAUGAUGACGAGCACGGCGUUUGCCCUGGUGGGUGUGUCCAUUUGGAUGUUCCGGUUGCCUCCUGUGACAAAGGCGAGGGAGGAAGAAACUGAAAGGGAGCCUUAUUCCUUCCUCACCCCUGCCUCUUUGCUCUCGGCUACUACUCGAUUUCAUAUCGCGCGCAAACCGUUGAGUCGAGUCAAGCUUACACCCGACGUCACUCACAUGGAGAAGUUCUCCCAAUUCCGGGAUCGAGGAUCCGGAAUCGCACCGUUCCUCCCGAUUCCCGCCCAACCGUCGGGCUACCAACUCCCUCUGCGCGUGUUCCUGUUCUUCUUCCGCCUCCCGCUCUUCAUCUUUGUGUGCUUCACCUACUUUGCCAUUUUACAAUGGUUUCCGAUCGGGUCGCUGGGGAAGAAGGCGUCGCUAUGGUGUAUUCUGGGGGUACCUAGUAUUUGGUGGAUUGACCUCCAGAUUGAUGGGGUGCGAAAAGGAUCGCUUUCAAGACAGCAGCAGGCUCGUCUCCCCGGUCCAGGAUCAAUUAUCGCUUCGUCCUUUACCUCUCCCAUCGACGCCAUAUACUUAGCCGCCAUCUUCGAUCCUAUCUUCACCGCAUCAUUCCCUAAUACCCGCCAGGUCGAACACAUCUCCCUCCUCCAGGCAAUUCUUCGCGCGUUCGCACAGCCCCGCGUCAGUCCACCUCCCGGGACACGGAUGGUCGAUGUCUCGACACUUUUGGAGAAAUACCCCAACCGACCAAUCGUGACCUUCCCCGAAUGCACGACCACAAACAGCCGCGGUAUCUUGCCUCUCAGCCAUUCGCUACUGGGUGCGCCCCCGCAGACGAAGAUUUUCCCUGUGAGCCUGCGAUAUACCCCUGUGGAUGUUGUCACGCCGCUGCCGGGAACCUAUCUGAGCUUCCUAUGGACGCUGUUGAGCAGGCCAACUCACUGUAUACGUGUUCGCGUUGCCGAGUCGGUGGUUAGUGGAGCGGGAGCGGGCAUGAGUCAGGUCAGCAAGAGCAUGAAGCAGGAAAGAGUUGGGAGCCCCGAGGCCGCGAUUACUCCAGCUGAGAAGGGAUUGUUGGAUAAUGUGGGUGAAGCACUGGCUCGAUUGGGUCGCGUCAAGCGUGUCGGAUUGGGGGUCAAGGAGAAGCAGGACUUUGUACGGAUGUGGACUAAGACGCGACGGACGUGGUAG